CGAGCAGUUCUUGACUAUGAAAAGUGUCGUGUUAAUUCUGGAUUUGAUAUACAACAAGCUCUUAUAUUGUUUGAUGAUGAAAAACUAAAGUAACUUAAAAGGAAGGGUGACACCCAAGGAAAAUAUUAUAGUGAUACCUUUUAUGUAUUCUUCGUUUGAAUGUAAAUUUUGAAAUUGUGUGCCAAAUUGGAAGCUAUAACUUAAAAUUGGAUGUGAAACUUUGACAUUUUCACUCUGUUACUAUUUGAUUUUAGGAUUUAAUAAACUUGAUUCAAUAUAAGAUAGAUGUUUAUAUCAGCCGAAAAAGUCAUUUAAGUCAUCUUAAAAUUUAAAUCGUAAAUUUGAAUGUUGUCUAUGGCUUCAUGUGUUGACUUAUAUGAACCAUUUAUAUAGGAUUGUAUAUACCUAUUAGCUAAAUCAAGACGUUUGAAUGAUAGACCACUAUGAGUGCUGAACCUAUUGAAGUUUUAAAAGUUUUAAAGGCAACAUUGUGAAGAUUGCAGGACUCAUUGCAUGACAUAUAUUGGAUUUUAAAAAGAAACUUAAUAUUUUAUAAGAUAUGUUUUUACAAUUUGUUUGCUUGAGAUUAUAAACUUUUGUGUACUAGACGAUUUAAUUUCUUAUUUUUAAUGGGCUAGGAUUUAAAAAUUAAAAAUUGAAAUUGUGAGUAUUUAGGGUCACUUCAAUGGACCAUUAGGCAAUUGUGGCUCAAUUAUAGAAGAAUUUAGAUUUUUCAAUGUAAAAAAUCGCUUCAUCAACAAUGCAUGGCAUCUCUUAAACAGUUAUUCUCAAGAAUUCAGAAGUUUGAUAUCUGAAUUUUUUUUUAAUUCAACAACUGUUUUUACUUGGAUAUGAAUUGUUAGAUCUGAAUCUUAUGUUGGACAUACAAGACAAUCAAUAGGAUCAACAGAUGCUUUGGAUUUUAUUCAUUCCUCGGAGGAUUAAUAAAAAUGGUUCUUAUUUCUAACAUCAUUGAUUUCUGAUGAAAAAUAAAUGAUAUUGCUAUGUGGAACAAUAACAUUAAUUAAAGACAUUAAUAGUUAGAAAAAAAUUUAUAUAUAGAAAUAAAAAAAUCCCAUUUUUGGAAAAUAAAGUUUUGAAAAAUAUAUUAAAUUAUGUCUGUAAGUUCGAGUGAAACCUGUAGACCUGAGUCUCCUGGACAUGUGAAAGUUAAUCCCAUAAAAAAGUUCAAUAUUGCUAGCUUAGCACGGCAUCUUAUGGAUCAGAAAAAGCAGGACGAGAAAAAAGUACAGGAAAACAGGGAGAGAGAGAAGAAUGAACUGAAGUUAAAAGUAGAAGAGCUUGAAGUCUUCAAAACAAAAUAUGAUGAACAAAAAACUGAAAAUGAGAAACUUCAAAAGAAAGUUGAUCAAAUGCUCAUGGGACAGAGUGAUACAACAAAAAAACUUAUCAAGACACAGGAACUGUUUGAAAAACUCUCCCAGGAUAAUAAAAAGAAGUCAGAUCAGAUUGAGAAAUACCAGAGAGAUGUCAAAUAUAUGGAGGAUAGGAUUAGAAAUUUGGAAAUCAGAGCCUCUGAAGUGGAGAAAGCCGAAUUAAUUCUAGAAACAACAAAACAGACCUUGGAAUAUACUCAGGUAGAGGUACGUCAACGUGAAGGAGAUACACGUAGGAUGACAGCAAAGUAUGAAGAUACAUGUAAACAGUUACAGGCUGCCAAUAAUAAAAUCAUAGAAAUGGGAGAAAAGUUAACAGACUUGAAAUAUCAAGUUAGACAUGAACUAAUGAGGAACGAAAAUAUUGAAAAGAACUUAGAAACAAUACCAAGGUUAAAAGAUGAAAUAAAGGAACUGAAGGAAGAAAUAGAUGCUUACAAACAGGAAUCCAAUGAGAAGACAGCUUUACUGGUGGCAGCUAGGAAGGCUGUGGGAGAAUACAAAGAUAAACUUAGGGAUGUAGAACAAGAUGUGGAACAAACAGAAAAAUUAAGAGAAGAUAUAGUUAUAGCUCAUAAUGAGAAUGUGGCAUUAAAAAGGAUCAUGUUAGGAAAGGAUUGCUUGGUUGUUCAGAAAUCUAAAGCAUUAGACUUGGCAAAGGAUGUCAUCUCUACAAUGAAAAAUUCUAAAGAACAUGAUAAACUAGAUAGGAUUGCUGGGCUUCUUAAAAAAAUUGGUUCUACUAAACCUAACCUUAAUGAUUCUUGGUCAGAAGACACAGAAAGUCAGUUCGGUAGAUCUAUAGCUGCUGUACAUCACAGAAAUAAACCACUGUCUUCUCAUACCAAGGAGAUACACAUAAAUUCAACACCAACCGUUUACGAUACAAGGAAUUCUGGGACGCCACCAUCAAGGAAUUCAAUAUUAGAUCAAGUUAAUAAUGACACAGGAAGCUGUGAAGAUUUACGUCCAAAAACCGCUAUUGUUCAUCCAAACAUUAGAAGGACUUCAUCAUAUAAGGAGCCACCAACAUAUUUACAAAAAACUUCAGGGACUAGAUCAUCCAGUCAAAAUGAACAUAUACAUUUUAGGAAACAGACUCCUCUUUCCCCUAGAUCACAAGGAGACAAAAAAAUUAGUUCAAAAUUUCAACCUUUAGUGGAAUAUAAAAUAAAUGUGAAAGAAAAUGGACAUCAAGAUUCAGGAUUUGUGGACCGUGGAUCUUCACGGUCAUCAUCUGCAUGGGUGCGACAUUCUUUUAGUGAUACUGUUGAUUCUGGGUCUGAAUCUGAGGAUUUAGAUGAAAUACCGUUAUUUAGAUCUAAAAUGCCAGGAAAGGAAAAAGAUGAAAUUUUAAAACAGUAUGUCAAGCUUGGAAGUCGUAUAGUUAUCACUGUACCUCAGAAACCUCCAAAAUAUGGCAGAAAAAUCACUCCAAAACCAAAGGUGUAUACAGGCAUUGUAAAAUAUGUUGGGGUGCUGGAUAGACAUGAUUAUUCUAAGAGAGUUUAUGUUGGAGUAAGAUUGGAUGCUCCAGCUGGUAGCACAGAUGGAAUGUAUAAUGGGAAGAGAUACAUGUAUACACCACCAGAUCUGGGCAAAUUCUUCAAGCUGUGUGAUGUCACAUCAGUACUGAAUGUUCAGAAAGGACAUUAUGUUAUGAUUGAUGCCUUACUAUCCAAGCAUUUACGAUCCUCGUCUCCAGGACGACCACAGAGUACUUCGACAGGACGACCACAGAAUACCUCAACAAGCUGAUAACAGACAUUCAUGUUAAAAACAUACUGACAACAAAUGUACAAGAAGAAAUUUCUAGCCAGAUCUUUACCCCUUUUCUACUUAAAACCUGCCUUGUGAACCAUUUUCACUUUUCAUACAAUCAGUUAUAAUUGACACAAUUUGUCAAGCUUGGUCAAAUUUUAUAUUUCUAAUAUACUUUCUGGCAAGAAAUUAAUGAAAGAGCCACGUCUACGUUGUAAAUUGCCCAUAGAAGGUAAAAAGUAUCUUGUAUGACCUUAGAAAUUGUUAAUUAUUAUUAUCAUCAUUAAGUUUAAGAGACCUGUGAAGGUUAACUCAAUGUUGAAAAAUACAUUUUUUGUAGAUAAUGCAUUUAUAGGAAACCAAGAACGAUCAUUUAUUGUGAAAAUUUCAAUCACUGCGUUCUAUGUCUAGCAUAAAGUGUACAGAUAUAAAUUUAAUCAUGGCUGUUGCAUUUAUAGAUGUAAUCAUUUUUCUCAGAAAGGCACAUAUAUAUUGUUUCAAUGUUCAGUUUGAAAGUGAACUUGAAACAGAAUUUAUAUUAAUUUUUGUUUACUAGUAAAUGUAUGGUCUAUUGGUCAAAUUAUUGUCCUUAGAGGGCUGUAGACUUGCAUUGCAAUCCUCAACAGUUAUCUGAAGUAAAUCAUAAGGUUUCAAUAUGACAUCUCAGAGAAAUGUUUAAUCAUCUUUUAGAUAAUAAAGUAUGUACCAUAAAAUGCAGUCAGAUUACUGUACUAAUGUUCAUGUGAUUAGGGGCUGGUUUUUACAGAAAAAUAUAUAAUGUUAUAUGUAAUAUUUGCUGAUCUUAGGUUGACCUCGACAUCUUUCUGACCAACUUAUCAUAAUGUAGUUCUAGUCGAAAUAAAACUGUGAUACAGUAGGUUAGAUAGGUUCUUCUUAAUCAUGUAUUUAUUAUUUAAUUUAUUGUUAUGUUGAGUCAGUUGAAAUUUGUCUUCCCUUGAAGUUUUAUAAGGGAGAUAAAAAGUCAAGCUAAAAAAAAAUUAAUUAUCUCCUCUUGACACAUAUAUAAUUAAAGUAUUAUUCUGUUUCCAUUUCUUUGUCAGACAUAUGGAAUCCUAAUGUGUGUUCCACUUUUCUCAGGAAUUAGAAAUUGUUUUUGUUCGAUACAAUACAUUAUGUGGCUAUUGUGAAAUUGUGAAAUUGUUUUAUUUUCAAAAGAUGAACCAUUUUGUGAUGUCAUUGAAUUUGUGCUGAAAAAUUUGCUAAUCAAAAUUUUAAAAUUACUUAUGGUGAUUAUGAAAUUCCUGUAUGAAGGUGAAUAAAUAUUUAUAAUUAAACAAAAACAAAAAUGCAUUUCUCACUCUUGCUAAUUGCCAGCUGGAUACAAAAAUUCAUAGAAAUAAGCACUUUCCAAGACAUAGUGGGACACACAAAGGGAUUUGUUUUAUGUUUUACACAGUUUAAAUAUCAAUUUGUUUUGUCUGACUUUAUGUAUCUCUGUAGUCUUUUAAUAUACCUUCUACAAAUAGUGCUUUAUAUGUCUUUUGCUACAUGUAACUCAUGAUUCAUUGUAUACCAAUGAAUGAUUCAUUGUAUACCAAUGAAUGAUUCAUUGUAAUCCAAUGAAUCAUGAAGGUGUGUAGGUUAAAAAGCCAAAAGUUACACACUAGCUGAGUAAACAACAAGACUGAAUUUCUCUAGCAUUCAUUCAAACCAAGUCAUUUUAUAAAGGCAUUUCAACUAAGAUUAAGUUUUGAUCAGCUGGAAAAGUUACUGUCUCAAACCUGGUUGAUUUUGUGAAUGUUGAUUAUCUCCCUUCCUUAUGUUUAAUUUUGAAUCAUUGAAUCAGUAGUAAAUCUGAAAAUAUAAUCAAAAAUAGCAAAUUUAUAACAUUUUUACCUAUAAAAUGAUCAUCCGUAGCCGGUAAUAUUUUUUUAUAACAAGUAACACACAAAGCAUUCCUUUUAUUUAAUUCCCUUAAGAAUGUACAUAACAUUUAACUUGUUUAGCUAAUUGAUUGAAUGUUGUAAUAACAAGAUUCGAAUAUGGUAUGCUCAUGCAGAACAACAACAUGUCAAUCUCGUUACUUUCGUAUGAAUAUAAUAUGCUUUGUGUUAGAGACUAAUGUGGUUGACUUUUUUAACAUACCAGCUCAAAAGGUAACUGUCAACAAGUCUCAGGACGUGUCACCUUUGCAAGAUUUUCUUUCCCUCCUAGGCAACCAUUUUUUUAAAUUAACUUUUAAAUGCUGCUUGCUUAAGCUGAGCAGAGACAGCUAUUACGAGACCACUCACUGAUUUUAACAUCAGAAUAUUUAGAGCAGAAGAGCAUUUGAAAAAAAACACUCAAUUCCAAGCAGACAAGUUAUAUAAUUGUGGCUCCAACAUAGUCAAAUCUGACCUGUGACAUAAGUUUUUGCUGGUGACCAUGUGAUCCAACAUCUUAUUUAAAAGGACCUGUGACCUUUAACACAGAUUUAUUGUUCAACUUAAACCUGUCAAAUUUGUUAAAAAGUGACCUGAUGAACUGAGGCAAUUUUUAAAAGUGACCUAAGGAGGUACCCUAAAGGAGCCCCAUAACUAUGGAUGAGCUCUUAUUUAAUUAGAAGGAUCAUAUGUUUGAUUCUUAAUUUUUCAAGAUUUGACUAUGUAUUUUCCAUUUAAUUUCAUGUCUAGCAAUAUUCUUUAUAUAAAAUCAAAUCAAGGAUGUAAUGUCAUAGCACUAAGUUAUAUUUUCACCGUAUUAUUGUAAUAUUUUAAUUCAACUGAACUUAGACAUAGCUAUUUGAAAAUGUAUUAAUACAUGUAUUUCUACUUGAUUUUUUAUUUUAUUUUUGUAUACAAGAUUUCAGCAUGUACAUUUUAUAUUGAAUCGUUAAAAGACAUUGUGAAUAUCAAAAGAAAGAAUUUUAAUGUUGCAAAAGUUUGUAACUUAAAUUUUGGUUUGAUUCAUGAUGUAGUCAGAACCUUGAAUGAUGCAUUUUUUCAAGUCAUAAAAACAUUACUUUAAUUUCUCAAGAUUUAGACUAGAAAUUAAUUUAAACAGUUAAAGUUAUUUAUAAUCUGACCCAUUUACAUGUCUAUAUUAUUCAUGGCUACAUGUAUGUUAUUUGUUCUGUAACUGUUAUAGUUUUUGUUGCAUCAACCAAUGACCUUGAGCAUUGUAAUAAAUUUGACACAAUAAAAAAUGUCUUCCCUAAA